CGGCUAAGAGACGUCUGUGACUGAAACGCAUCGGACUGAUCAAGUUGAUUUAACCUGCUGUGGGACAGGGCUCGACCCAGCGAGGUUGUGCUUGCUGAGGACGGAGCCGAGGGGCACGUGAGACACCAUUCGAAUUCGGGACGGUUGAAAUCGAUGCGGCUCAGCUUCGGACAGCCCAGAUGACAGACCCACCGGCCAGCCAAUUUAAUGCUUCACGGUCGAGGCUCUGAAGGUCUUCAGCUGCUAUUCAGUUACAUUUUGGGGGAAGGACGUGGAAAAGCCCCCGAGAAAGACAUUCACACGCCAAGAGGAAGAGGUCUCGCAGCACUUAAAAUCACACAGGAAAAGCUCUUAAAAUACAAUUAAACGCUGCUUUUGCCGUUUUUCCUUGGAUUACUGUUGAGUGCUGUGUUUUUUCUUCAAACUGGUACCACCCCAUAACUGGAGCAAAAGCUUAACAAAACGAGCUUUGACCUUCUUCAUCGAAUUUGUAGUACUGAAAGUUUUCAGUACUGUCGCUUAAUCAAUAGUUCAGUAGUCUGCUGGUGCUUGUUUUAUUACUGAUAACAGUGACUUUAUGCCCAGCUAUUAACGUGAUACACACCCCCGUCGUCCUGUUUACUUCCAAACUUGACAUUCCCAGAAAGAGAUCUCGAAGAAAAAAAACAUCCAUUUAUCAGUUUGUAUUGUCUUAAACAAACCGUAUCAUUCUUUUUUGGAGGGUGGUAACCAUUUAUGAACAAUUUACAAGAUGGGGAAGAUGCUGUCAAAGAUAUUUGGUAACAAAGAGAUGAGAAUAUUGAUGCUCGGAUUGGACGCAGCUGGGAAGACCACCAUCCUAUAUAAAUUGAAGCUCGGCCAGUCCGUGACCACCAUACCCACCGUCGGUUUCAACGUGGAGACGGUCACCUAUAAAAACGUCAAGUUCAACGUGUGGGACGUCGGCGGACAGGAUAAGAUCCGUCCCCUCUGGCGGCAUUACUACACGGGCACUCAAGGGUUAAUUUUCGUGGUGGAUUGUGCGGAUAGAGAUCGCAUUGACGAGGCCAGGCAAGAACUCCACCGCAUUAUUAACGACCGCGAGAUGCGGGAUGCCAUCAUUUUGAUUUUCGCUAACAAGCAAGAUCUACCGGACGCCAUGAAACCGCACGAAAUCCAGGAAAAGCUGGGACUGACACGCAUCAGAGAUAGGAAUUGGUACGUGCAGCCCUCGUGUGCGACCACCGGCGACGGACUGUAUGAAGGCUUAACUUGGUUAACAUCUAACUACAAGUCUUAAUGACACCGUUUGGCACUGACUGUUUAGGACAUAAAAUAAACUCAAUAUGGGGAAAAUCGGACGCCUCUAAUGAAUAUUCAUAAUAUUUUGAUUUAUAGUUAACAUUUAUUUUUGUUUUGAAAUUACCCUUACAAAGUUAUAGUUUUGAAGCAUAAUGGGUUUGGCUUGCUUUUAGUUUUCUGUGUAUUGUGACAUACACUUGUCACACGCCACGGACUGUGGCUUAUAACAUGAAAAAUCAUUCCUGAAUGAAGAGUCUCUAUUUUUUCUUUUUGAGAGUAUAGGUUUUAUAUCUUUGUUGUCUUCACCUUCUUUCUUUGAAAACUGAAAUUCAAAGGUUUAAGUCCAUCAAUGUGUUAAAGACAUUUUGUUCUGCAAUAUAUCAGAUUUGUCAAGGCAUCUACUGUAACUCAGCGCGGUUUUGCUGAGGAGGUUGUAGCAUACUAACUGUAAGUAGCUGCGUGGAGUUAUGGCACGGUUUGAAACCCAUUUUACUUAUGAUAUCACUGACAUCCAAUAUUAAUCUACUUGUAAAUGAGUCCAUGGAACAUUUUAUGCAAAAGUUUUGGGCUAUAAUACUGGAAGGAACACUUGCCAUUGACAUGCUUCUCUUUACACAGCGUAAUCGAAAAGAGUGAUGUUUUGUGCUCUCAAAAGAGGCUUUAUCUUUUCAAGAUUGUUGACGGAGAGAUGCCUUUUGUAUCCCGUUUACCAUUUAGACUAAUCGCAUUGAUCAGAUUGUCUUUCAUUUACAGUUCUCUUUCUAAAAUGUGGGAUUAUUACAUUCUUGCAUUUCAAAUGUAGUGCCCGCGUGGUAGAGUGGACUAAAUUUUUAAGAGAAAUGUUUCAUCCUGUUCAUGUCAUCUCUUUCCUUUACUCAUUUUGAGAAACAUGUACAGAAGCAGCUAUGUAAUUGUAACUUCAAAUUAAACUUAGUCAUUUUAACAGGUUUUCUUCAUUCUUGUUCUGAGCAAAUCUGCUGCCUUUGACUUUAUGUUAUCGGUGCAUGGGACUUUCCACAGUUAUUUAAGAAGCCAAAGUCAAAUGGAAAAUCUGCUAAACCUUUCUAUGCUAG